AUGCAGCCAGGUGUCUUGCAGCAGAUUGUGUCAGUACCUGGAGUUGUAAAGUGCCUACAGCAAGAAUAUGACUCCAGUCUGCCUACUGCUAGUGUCAUCAUCUGUUUCCAUGACGAAGCCUGGUCUGCUCUGCUGAGAACUGUGCACAGCAUUAUGGACACAGCCCCAAAGGCCUCUCUGAAGGAUAUCAUCCUAGUUGAUGAUCUCAGCCAGCAAGGGCCCCUGAAGUCAGCUCUGAGUGAAUACGUCUCUAAGCUAGAUGGUGUGAAACUCAUCCGGAGCAACAAGAGGCUUGGAGUCAUCCGAGGUCGGAUGCUAGGAGCUGCACGGGCAACCGGGGACGUGCUCAUCUUCAUGGAUUCACACUGCGAGUGUCAGAAGGGCUGGCUGGAACCCCUCCUAGCCAGGCUGUCCAGCAACCGAAACAGUGUCGUCUCCCCUGUCAUAGACGUCAUAGACUGGAAGACUUUUCAGUACUAUCACUCUCUGGGCUUGCAUCGAGGUGUUUUUGAUUGGAAACUAGAUUUCCAUUGGGAACCUGUGCCAGAGCGUGAGGAGAAGGUACGACAGUCUCCCAUCAGCCCUAUCAGGAGUCCUGUGGUAGCUGGUGCGGUGGUGGCCAUGGAUCGACAUUACUUCCAAAACACUGGAGCUUAUGAUUCUGACAUGACCGUGUGGGGAGCAGAAAAUCUGGAGCUAUCUAUAAGGACCUGGCUCUGUGGUGGCUCUGUAGAAAUUAUGCCAUGUUCCCGAGUUGGCCAUGUCUAUCGAAAUCACUUUCCCCGUGCUUUCUCCUAUGAAGAGGCCAUUGUGAGGAACAAAAUCCGAAUAGCAGAGACCUGGCUGGGCUCUUUUAAAGAGAACUUCUACAAGCAUGACACAGUGGCUUUCUUAAUCAGCAAGGCAGAGAAGCCAGACUGCAGUGAGCGCCUUCAGCUACAGAAGAGACUGGGCUGUAGAAAUUUCCAAUGGUUUAUAUCAAAUGUGUACCCUGAACUCUCCCAACCUGAAGACACACCAAGAUUCUCUGGCAAGCUUUACAAUACUGGUGUUGGCUUCUGUGCAGAUUACAGACCUGGAAGAGCCACUGCAGAAGGCUCUAUCGAACUCUCCCCUUGCAGUGACAGUGUCACCCAGCACUUUGAAUAUAACAGCAUGAAGGAAAUCCGGCUUGGUUCUGCUCCGCUGUUUUGCUUUGAUGUCAGACAUGGGAAGGUUAUCCCUCAAAACUGUACAAAGGAGACAGAAAACAGUCACCAGCACUGGGAUGUCCAGGAGAAUGGAAUGAUUGUCCAUGUCCUUUCUGGCAAAUGCAUAGAGGCGGCAAAGAGUGAAGAUGAGAAGGACUUGGUUUUGUGUGUAUGUAACAAGAACGCAAAUCAGGUGUGGCAAUUUGAACGUUCCCAUGUGCUACAUCAGAGAUGACUGACAGGUCUCUGUGGAGGUCAAGUCUCCAAAAUUUAACAUUACUUCUGUUUGGGAUUUAAGACACAUUUCCUGCAUGGACAAGAAAGGUGUUUGUCUUCGCUGUAGCAUGCACGGAAGCUAGGAAGGUCUCCCCUUUGAAAGCCUGGCUCAAAUAGUUGCCACCAGUUCCUGGUUUAUUCGGUUCUAGAUAAAAUUUCUAUUUAUUCUGUGAGGCAGGGAAU